ACUUGAAGGGCAGGAGCCAGCCUAUGGUCUGAGGAGGAGACAGCUUUAUAAGUAGGGUUGAAGGAACUGGGAGAGGGCAGACAGUUGGAAAACACGACACAGGCAAGACUUUGGAGAAAGCAGAGCAGACAUGAUGGCCACCUUGCCACCAAAACCCAGCUCCUCCCAGCAACCCCUAAACCCAGAGGACGAAGAUGGCAUCCUGGAUGAGUAUGACCAGUACAGCCUGGCCCAUCCUUACGUCGUAGGGGGAGGUCGGAAAGGGCGUACCAAGAGAGAAGCUGCCGCCAAUACCAACCGCCCUAGCCCUGGUGGGCAUGAGAGGAAGCUUCUGACCAAGUUCCAGAACUCUGAAAGGAAAAAGGCCUGGCGCUGAGGCAGAUCUGGAGAUGAGGACAGACCAUGGACAUUACACCCAGGAAUGGAUACAGGACCUUGGAGAGAUUAGGAGACAAGGCAGGAUGGAGGCCUGUUUGACACUUUCCUACCUAAGUGAAGUUCUGGAGAGGGGACACCAAAAAGCUCUUCCAGACCCAGCAAAAGGGCAAAAUUGGAGCAAAAUUUGGAGCAAGAAUGGGGGGGCUAGUACCCCAAUAAAGAAAUGUGAGAGAAACCAGGUGCCCCUGGGGGACAGUGACAAUAAAAGGCACAGCAGCAACA